CGCCGACGCCGGCGGCCCGCCAGGAGCCCCGGGGCGUGCCGCCGACGGCCCCGGUGCGGCGCGUGCGCUGCGAGGAGGACGGGCAGUUGGUGCUACUGCUGGACCACCGUGAGAUGGGCGCGGGACGCGAGCACAAGGCGCGGGGGGCGCUGCUGGCAGACCUCGCGCGGCGACUGGGCGCCAGCGCCGUCGAGGCGCGGUCCCUGCCGCUGGGGGACGUGCUGUGGGUCUGGCGCACCGGCAGCGGCGAGGCCGAGCAGGAGGCACUCGUGAGAGGAGGGGGAAAUACCAAUACCCCUGACGCUCACCUCGUGGUCCUCUUCUUGGGCCUCCCAUGGGGGCCCUCGUUGCCACGGCUGGGUCCGCCUCGGAACUCCUGGUCAGAACGCACCCUGGAGGAGAUCGGGGGAGCAGCGGCAUCGGGAUCUCUUGCUUUCCUCAGGUGUUGGCUGGAUGGAUCAUCGAGCGGAAGACCUUCGGUGACCUCAGCGGCUCCAUCGUCGACGGCAGGUAUGACGAGCAGAAGAUCCGGUUGCUCGAAGCACCUGGUAUGGACGGAGUAAUCUACCUGAUCGAGGGCGCCGGACCUCUGUUCGGCGUCACGGCGGCCGACGACGAGCAGCACAGGGGCGGCGGCAGAGGCUUCGGGCAGAGACUGCUGGCCCGCUCCCUGCCGCCCGCCACCCUGUCGACCACAGCAGUGCACACGCAGCUAAUCUCUGGCUUCCACGUCGUGCACACCACGUCCACUCCCCACAGCGUCACCGUGCUGGUGGCCAUGCACGAGGCGAUCUGCCACGUGGGCUCGCCCGGCCGCCGCGAGGGGGGCGCCGUGCCGUACCGCGACUUCGCCGAGCGGACGCAGAAGAGCUGCCACGCGCGCGUGUUCGAGGCCUUCGGCAGGAUGCUGCGCGUCGUGCCGAGCUGCGGGCCUGAGGCGACCGAGGCGCUGGUGGAUGAGUUCCAGACGCCGCAGGCGCUGGCGGCGGCCUUCCGCGACAGUUCCGACACGGACCUGCUGCUCCGCCUCAAGGCGCGGGCCAGGGGGGGCCGCGCGCCGGUGUCCGCCGCCGCCCUGGCUGCGUGCCGGGAGCUGUUCGCCGCGUGAGGCCGCGCGCCUUGGCAAGGCCCAGCCCCCAACGGGGCGGGCCACCUCUGCCUCCUGCUCCUCCUGCUGCGUCACCGUCGAUUUCCCUGUUGCUCCUCGUCUUCUCAUUCUCUUCCUCUCUCUCCCUCUCUUUCUCU